AUGGAGAAUGAAACAGGCCUUGUCGAGUUCUGUAACCAAGACAACUGGUUUAAUCACAACACAAUAUGUGCUGCUUCUUAUGCGAUAUUUAACCAUAAGUCUCCCUCACUUCCAUUCCAGACCAUCAUCAUCAUUAUCAUCAUCACCUUCACUAACAAGAACAGCAACAUCACCAUCACCACCCCCACCACCCCCACCACCUAUACUAACAGAACCAGCACUUUUAUCAACAAGAUGGCCUCGUUCCCCCAAUUCACGCGGCUUCCUACUGAGAUUCAAUGGGUGAUCUGGGAGUUGGCUCUCUCCGAGCCCAACACUCACUUCCUCACCAUGAACUCGGGGCAUCAUUCCCUCGGCCAACUCAGACCCAUCUACGGUCCAAUUCCGAACUUGGCAGCAUUUGGUCAGUCGUUGCUAAGUCUGAACCCCUCCCCUCUCAGCUUCACUCAAUCCUGGUCUCGUGUUUCAGCCAUUGCCAGCUCUUGCUACGAAGCUAACAAGACUGCAGUGCGCCUCCACAAGAAGGAUCUUGAAUCUGAAAAUCGUGGCCCAUUCCCUCUGUUUGAUGCAUCUCAAGAUAUGCUGGUCAUAUCACCCAUCCACGCUAUAGAUACUUCCGAGCCACCCACCGACGCUGAAGACAUGGAUACUUCUGAGCCCGAAGAGCCAGAAGUUCCUGAACCAUUCACUCAACUUACUUUUGAAACCGUGGACAGUGUUGGUCACUGGCGGCGCCGGUACCCUCUUCUUGUUCCAGACUUGCCUGCCACCGGCUAUCUGGCCAACAUCACCUCUGUAGCCAUCUACUGGAAGCCGGAGAUAGACGAUGCUGUCGUCUGCCGUCAGAUUCAGUGGCUUUGGGAUGGCGAUGCGUGCCCUAAACUCAAGACAAUCUACAUUGAUAUCAGCAUGAGAUCCAAGAGGUAUAAGUGGUUUCACUGCACUUUGCAGAAUCAUGUCCACCUUGCUGCCCGCAGGCGGACCCGUACUGGCAAGGGCGUGGUAGAUAUCCAGGUAAGGAACCUCACUGCUUUUUAG